AUGGCAGAUGCGGAUGAAGACAGCUUGCUACGGCCUUCGUCUUUGCCUGACCCCUCCGCCAGUAUCGAUCAUGACAUUUCCGAUGAGACACAAGAUUUCUGUUUCCUCAGCAAUAUCUCCUCGUCUUUCGAUCCUACCCAACAGAGCCUUCCUCGCCGCGGAGAAAAGGACUUCGAACCGAACCCUACGCUUCACCAGGCAGGUAUCCUUGCAGCAUCCCGCGAUGCGAUGCACAAUGCCCUUACAUUUCCGCGCCUACAUAACCCGAACAAUGGAGUCAUAGGAAUAUUUUGCCCUGACGGGAUUCUUGAGCCUGCAGCGACACAGGCGGUACAGGCAUCGCGGGAAACGAAUGCCAACCUUGAUUCUAAGCUUACCGAGGAAAAUACUACAGGAGUAGCUCAAAACAAAGCAUGCGCAACGCGACGAAUAUACCGUCCUCGCGGUGAGGAUCUUUGCGUUUGCGUUCCGAACCCUAAGGGCCAACUUUUUCGCACAAUGGGCCAAGCUGACCGGUUCAACAGAAUAUGGCUUUUACCGGAAGAAGCUCUCUAUUGUCUUGAACGAGGAAGCCUGGAUAUCAGAUGGCCCCCGGAGCCUUCCGAAAACGGGGAGGUUGAUGCCGUUGAUGCAAUAGCACAAGGCAUACCAAUGAGCUUGCAGGCCGCCUAUGCUUGCUUCAUCGGCCGAGGGGGUGUAUCGAUAGAACGAUAUACCGUGUAUGCAGGGCUUAAAAGGGGCGGAUAUGUUGUUAUCCGAGCAGAGGGAUGGGAUGCAACGGCCCCUAGCACACCUGGCGAGAUGGAUACCCAGACGCCAGCGCGAACGGGCCCUGGUGAGCAGCAAGUGGCCACAGGGUUCCUGGGCAUAUUAUCCCGGCUCUUCAGCCUCAUUGUUAGCUCGCAAUCUACCUACUCCUCUGUCCGUGGCCCCGUGGUAGGCCUCGGGGCUCAUCGGAGCUACAACGAUAUUUAUCGUGCUCUGUCUAUCAUUCCGGUCGCUGAACCGGACGUCCCUGACUUCGACCCAAGAAAUACCCAAUCGGCUGCUCAGGCAGUGCCACCAUACCGCGUCGCCUUCCAUGUCUACAAACCAUCUACACCGUUUCGCAAAUCUUCUCCAGGAACGCCUGACUUUCGCAUUGCAGUAGUCAAUGCCAGGCUAAACCCUGCCAUACCAACACUGGCGGAGUUAAGUUCCUUGUUAGCCACCACACCACUCUCACCUCCACGUGGUGAGAAGCUGGAUCGAAUGAUGUACAUGCGAUUGCGACAUGGAUGGCGCAACGUUAUCCUUGGAAUCGUAGAUCAGGGUGUUGUUAGUUAUUUACGGAUCUCGGAUGCUGGGUUUAUCAAGGAGCCGCUGUAUGAGCAGAAAGGCUCUACUGGUGGCCGUGGAAAGGGGGGCCGAGGGCCUCCGAAGAAAAAAGGCUGA